CAAUAAGAAUCUGUAAAAUAUAGCUAACACAUACCUAAUUAUCAGAAAAAACUACCAUUGUUCCAGAAAAUUAUCAGCUAACCAAAUUCAAAUCUUGUCAUUGGUCUGCAUUGACUAUUGUUUGACCUUUGCAAAACACUGUAACUACACUCUAGGUGACUGAUACAAGAAUGGCCAGCAAAAGUGGUAAAUUUCUGUAUUUUGCUUAUGGUAGUAAUUUAUUAACUCACAGGAUACACAUAAAUAAUCCAAGUGCUGAAAGAAUUGGCAUUGGUCGUCUCAAUGAUUAUCAAAUCAGCUUCGUCACCUAUUCAAAAAGAUGGCAUGGGGCUAGUGCAACAAUUAUAUCAAAAAAACAUGGAAUAGUUUGGGGAGCACUCUGGCAAAUUGACAAUGCUGAUAUGGAUCAUCUAGACAAGCAAGAGGGAGUUCAUGAAAAUCUUUACCAACCGUUGCAAGUAGAUAUUUGCAUGCCAAGUGGUGAAAAGGUAAAUGCAAGAACGUAUCAACAAUUAGCUAAUCCACCUGAUGUUAGUGAUCUCAAAGAUUUGCCUAAUGAUUGCCGUCCGUCCGUCGCUUACUGGAAAACAAUAGUAAAAGGAGCCGAAGAAACUGGAUUGCCUAAAGAAUAUAUCCAUUUCUUGCACCAAAUACCUCAUAAUGAUUAUCACGGUCCAGUUGAUAUUAAUUUACCUUUAUGGAUUCACUGAUUAUUUAUUAUAUGAUUAUCUUGCUACCUAAAUAAACCUGAUAGUUUCAAAUUAUAAAAUGUUUUUAUACUU